AUGCCUGGAAUUCUCACAGUUGGCUACAAUGCCUCAUCACUCGGAGGUGUCCUAACUCAAAACAACUUCGAAGCCCAGUUCCCGGAGAUCGAUAUCGUCAAUGCCGAGAACCAGUCGCAAGCAUCAAAGCUCCAAGGCACUGUUGUAGCUGCCUACACAAUUGGAGGAUUUCUGGGAACACUAUCCUGUAUCUGGGUUGGUGACAAGUUUGGCCGUCGCCGCACCAUUAUGGCGGGGUCGAUUAUGCAAGUGAUUGGGUCUAUUCUCAUGGCUGCUGCAUGGUCACUCGCUCACUUGCUUGUUUCCCGGAUAGUCCUUGGUUUUGGUACGGGCAUUCUUCUUGCCACAAUUCCUCUUUGGCAAUCUGAGAUCUCCCCAGCCGAGAAACGUGGUGCACAUGUCGGCAUGAAAGGAAUUUUUAGCGGGCUUGGAUGCGCUCUUGCUCUAUUUCUGGACUUUGGGAUGUCUUUCACUCGUGGAAGUGUUGCCUGGAGAUUCCCAUUUGGCUUUGUGGUGUUGCUUUCCCUUGCUAUUUUUGGCUUCAUCAUCCUGCUUCCGGAGUCCCCUCGGUGGUUGAUCAGAGAAGGCCGCAUCUCUGAGGCGAGCGAAGUUCUAGCGGCUUUGGAAGACACUUGCGUUGAUGACCUAUCCGUUGAAACAAAGAUCAAAGAUGUUCAAAUGUCUCUUGAGCUGUCUGGCAAACCGUCCAUCGGGCAAUUCUUCCACAUGGGUCCCCAAAGAACCUUUCAUCGGGCUAUACUUGCUGGUAUGGUCAUGCUGUUUCUGCAACUUACAGGUUCCACUGUGACCACCUUUUACACAACUGCGAUUUUCGAAAAGAAUCUCUCACUUGGUAAUUCAACAUCUACCGUUCUUGCGGCGGUUUACCAGCUUGUUGGCCCAAUUGGAGGUACCUUUUGCGUUCUCAAAAUUGAAGGCUUUGGUCGGCGGGUCCUACUGCUAGGCAGUGCAAUCGGAAAUGCUGUGUGCUUGGCCAUGGUAGCCGGUCUUGGAACCCAAAGCGAGAACCCGCUCGCAAUGCGCGGUGCCGUCUUUUUCAUUUUCCUCUUCCAUUUCAGUUAUAUCAUCGGGUUUGGUGCGAUACCAUAUCUCUACGCCACAGAGAUUGCACCCUUGCAUCUCAGAACGACUAUCAACAGCUUCAGCAUCAGCAUUUCCUGGGCCGUCAGCAUCCUCAUCACUAAUGUCACGCCACUCGCCUUCAAUACUAUGGGGCAGACAUACUUCGUGAUAUUUGCAGGAUUCAAUGCGGCUAUGGUUCCUAUAAUCUACUACAUGUUUCCAGAGACUGCAGGACGCAGCCUUGAGGAAAUGGACAAGAUCUUUGCCCUCUCUAGGGGCAUGUUUGAUGUUGUGAAAGUGGCCAGGCUUCUCCCCCAUGGGCAGCCAAGCGAUCUUUCUAUUGAGAAGGAUCUUGUAUCCGAACUCAAAUAUCCAGAACUUCAGCUCCGGGAGGUUCACUCAGUUUGA